ACCGGAAGUAGUGUGCUGCAAGUGUCGGGGCAGUGGGGGCAGAAGCGAGAGGAUAUAGGAUCGGUUCUAGAGGCACCACGGCGUUCCCCGAGGUAGGCGGACGUUGCGGCUUGCUGUCUGUGCAGACUUUUGCGCGGCCCGGACUCCCGCUCACAACAGCCUGGAGGGAAAACGCUGGCUUCCGUGAUGCGCCUGAACGCCAGAGGAUAACAGUUUAGAGGGCCAAGAUGUUGUCCAACUUGAGGAUAUUUGCAGUGAAUCAUAAGAAAAUAUCCAGCUUGCACAUUUGUAAUAUGUAUUGCUCUAGAAUGAGAGCAAGUUUAAAACGAAUAAAGCCACUUGUGCCUCUUGGAAGAAGUUACAGUUCCCUGCCAGGUUUAAUAGGAAAUGAUAUCAAAUCUCUUCGUUCCAUCAUCAGCCCUCCUAUAGCUAAAAUCCGUAAUAUUGGAAUUAUGGCUCAUAUUGAUGCAGGCAAAACUACCACCACAGAAAGAAUAUUGUACUAUUCUGGAUACACAAGAUCACUGGGAGAUGUUGAUGACGGAGACACAGUGACAGAUUUCAUGGCUCAAGAGCGAGAAAGAGGCAUUACUAUUCAAUCAGCUGCUGUUACAUUUGAUUGGAAGGGGUACAGAGUCAAUCUCAUUGAUACACCAGGUCAUGUGGACUUUACCUUGGAGGUUGAGCGCUGCCUGAGGGUGCUCGAUGGUGCAGUGGCUGUGUUUGAUGCCUCAGCCGGUGUAGAGGCACAAACCCUCACAGUAUGGAGGCAAGCUGAUAAACACAAAAUACCUCGAAUCUGUUUUUUAAACAAGAUGGACAAAACUGGAGCAAGUUUUAAUUAUGCAGUUGAAAGCAUCAGAGAGAAGUUGAAGGCAAAACCUUUGCUUUUACAGUUACCAAUUGGUGAAGCCAAAACUUUCAAAGGAGUGGUGGAUGUAGUAAAUAAAGAAAAACUUCUCUGGAAUCCCAAUUCAGAUGAUGGAAAAGACUUUGAGAGAAAACCCCUCUUGGAAAAGAGUGAUCCUAAAUUGCUGAAGGAGGCUACUGAAGCAAGGAAUGCCUUAAUUGAACAAGUUGCAGAUUUGGAUGAUGAAUUUGCUGACUUGGUUUUAGGAGAAUUUAGUGAAAAUUUUGAUUUGCUCCCAGCUGAAAAGCUACAGACUGCAAUACACAGAGUAACACUUGCUCAGACAGCAGUACCUGUGCUUUGUGGAAGUGCCCUGAAAAACAAAGGGGUCCAGCCCUUGUUAGAUGCUAUUACUAUGUACUUGCCUUCACCUGAAGAGCGCAACUAUGAAUUUCUGCAGUGGUAUAAGGGUGACUUGUGUGCACUGGCAUUUAAAGUUCUCCAUGACAAGCAGCGGGGACCGCUGGUGUUCAUGCGCAUUUACUCAGGCAUGAUAAAACCCCAGUUGGCCGUCCAUAAUAUUAAUGGAAACUGCACGGAGAGAAUAAGUCGUCUGCUUUUGCCAUUUGCUGACCAACAUGUAGAAAUCCCUUCACUGACUGCUGGUAACAUUGCUUUGACUGUUGGACUUAAACAUACGGCCACUGGAGAUACCAUUGUCUCAUCCAAGUCCAGCGCACUAGCUGCAACUCGUCGAGCUGAAAGGGAGGGAGAAAAGAAGCAGAGACACAACAGUGAAACAGAGAGACUUUUAUUGGCUGGGGUGGAGAUUCCAGAACCUGUUUUCUUCUGUACCAUAGAACCCCCUUCGGUAGCUAAGCAGCCAGAUUUGGAUCAUGCAUUGAAAUGCCUUCAACGUGAAGAUCCCAGUUUAAAAGUCAGGCUUGAUCCUGACUCUGGACAGACUGUCUUAUGUGGAAUGGGGGAGUUACAUAUUGAUAUUAUUCAUGACCGAAUCAAGAGGGAAUAUGGACUGGAAACCUAUCUAGGACCUCUUCAGGUGGCAUACCGAGAGACCAUCCUAAAUUCAGUUCGUGCUACAGAUACCUUAGAUAGAACUUUAGGAGAUAAACGGCACCUUGUGACUGUUGAACUGGAAGCAAAGCCAACUGAAACAUCAUCUGUUGUGCCAGUUAUUGAGUAUGCUGCAAGUAUUAGUGAAGACAUUUUGAAGGGCUCCCAAGAGGCCAUUGAAAAUGGAAUUCACAGUGCAUGCCUCCAAGGACCAUUGCUUGGAUCCCCAAUUCAAGAUGUGGCAAUUACUUUACAUUCACUGAUGAUUCAUCCUGGUACCUCCUCAACUAUGAUUUCUGCCUGUGUCUCAAGAUGUGUACAGAAGGCUCUGAAGACCGCUGAUAAGCAAAUUUUGGAGCCCUUGAUGAACCUGGAGGUCACCGUGACUAGAGACCACCUCAGCGCUGUCCUGGCAGAUCUGGCACAGAGAAGAGGGAGCAUCCAGGAGAUCCAGACUCGUCAGGACAACAGAGUUGUUGUUGGGUUUGUUCCUUUAGCAGAGACCAUGGGUUAUUCAACUGUGCUUCGAACGCUAACAUCAGGCUCAGCUACGUUUACCUUAGAACUCUCUAAUUACCAAGCCAUGAAUCCUCAAGACCAAAGCACGCUGCUCAACCGAAGAAGUGGCUUGACCUAAGUGCUUCGAGGUCCUUGGGGAGAAGUUCAGGAGCACCUACCUAUUCGUUUUUAUAAUAACAUAUCCUCAGGUGAGGACUGAAAAAAUGUGGGUAGAGAGUAACAAGACUCAUCCGUGAAAAUUGAGAUAAAAUCUAAGGGAAUCCACUUUUGAAGUUCUUUUAUUUAGGUAAGGAUUUGGUUUAUUUCACAUUUCAAAUAAUACUGAGGCCUUCCUUUUUAAGUAAACACAAAACCAAGGAUCAAACAUAAAAGGGAGGAGAGUUAGUAGGUAAUACCGAGGUAAGGAUUUCCUAGAGGGGAGGGUAGUGAAGAGGGGUAAUGAUGUUGCUUCACUUACCACUAAAAUUGAGAGGUUCCACUGCAUAGUAUAGUCUCCAGUCUUGUCCAUAACUGAUCCUGUCCAAGUACCACGGAGCAGAGAUGAUCACAGGGAAGCCAGCUGCUGUGAUUGAACUCAGUUCCUUAGCAUAAUUUUGCUCUUUCCAUACUUGAACUACAGUGCCUGACUGAAGCUAUUAAAGUUAAAAAUUGCAAUAUAUAUUAUUAGGUCUAGCAAAUUCAGUAGGUGAUAUUUAAAGUCCAAGACUUGUAACUAGAAAACUAACUUUAAGAUCCUUGAAAAACUUAAAACAUUGUCAUCUUUACCCUUCCUCUUCAGUUAGUGUCAAAUGCUAUUUCUUAUAGAGACUUAAAUUUAGAAGUUGCAUUAACCUUCAGGUUGGAUACUUAACUUUUGCCUAUUUAUGACACCAUACAGGUGUAAUGAACCAAGGCUUUAGUCCCAUCCUACCACACUAUUGUUUUACUUACUGUCAAACUGUGAGGUUGCCAACAGCCCUCGGGAAAGUUCAUACUAAUUGCUGGAGUUGCAAAUUCUCAGUUGCCCCAAAGGAAAAUAAAGAAUUCUGACUAAGAAUUAGAGAGAUGCCAUGUAAAAUAAAAAGUGUACGUUGGCAAUUUUACCUAAAACUACCUUAAUAGCAGUGAAGACUCAUUUGUUCUUAUCUGUUUGUUCUGCCCUUUCCUGAGGGAAAAAAAAAAGGAGCUUCAAAGUACUCCCAUUUGUGAUUAAUGAGAUGGCAGGGGAUGAGGGAAAAGAGGAGGAGGAGGCCUGAAAGAGUGAAGUAAAUGGAAGAAAAGAAACAAACACCAUUAAUAUUGGCCUCAGUGCACAGCUACUGCCUAAUAAAAGUUUAAAUGGAACAGGAAGCUAAUUUCCCUAUAGUGUUGGGGAAUGGAGAUAUUAGAACAUGAAGCCUGUCAUAGUAUCAGAGUCAAAUGUAGUUUUCAUACUUCUCACCUUUGCGUUAUUAUCAAAAACCUCUUGCCAGACUAUGGAUCCCUUCUUUAGAGUUGAAAUAAUAUUCAAAAGCCUGCCAUUGUGGGAGGGAAAAAAGUUAUUUCAGAUCACAAGCUUAACAAUAUGUUGAAAGCAUGCAUAUUUUCUACCAAGGACUGAAACACUGAGAGGUACCUUUCAAUAUAGCACAGCUUUAUAGCAGAACCUGCUAAAUUUGGUGGUAAGCCAUGUGGCUCCUCCUUCCUAGAACAUGGCUCAGAAGCUGACACAGCAGAGGGGUUUAACAGUCAUUUGCUGAAUAAAUGAGCUAAUAAGUAUGCGCCCAAAACAGGAAGACAGGGAAGCUAACAGGGAAAUGUACAAACAACAAUCUUUAGUAAUUUCAUGGGUAUCUUAGAAACUAUGAUCUAGACCAGCGGUUCUCAACCUAUGGGUCGUGACCCCUUUGGGGGUUGAACGACCCUUUCACAGGGGUCGCCUAAGACCAUCCUGCAUAUCAGAUAUUUACAUUUCGAUUCAUAACAGUAGCAACGAAAAUAAUUUUAUGGUUGGGUCACAACAUGAGGAACUGUAUUUAAAGGGCCAGAAGGUUGAGAACCACUGAUCUAGACUAUAAUGUCACCUAAAUAACACUUAACAGUUGCUGACAAUCAGUCCAUAAGUAUUUCCUGAUAUUUAGACAAUGCCAUGAACUCUGCAGGAUAAAAAAAAAAAA